CAAGAAUAACAGAAGUAAGGAUUGGACGACAGCAAAACCGGUCACAAGAAGAAGAAGAGUGUUGUCCGUCCGCCAGCCAGCGAGGCAGUCCAGGUGAGAUGGUUACCUGGCACAGCUGAUGAGUGACCGGCCAUCCCCACCACUACCAGUCCACCACCACCUCCACCGCAGCCAGGUGUCACAGGAAGGAGCCACACCCUGAGGAUUGAAAGAGAUGGAUGAAGAGCUGCAUUCCAAGGAUGAAGUACUACCAUGCUAGAGUGUCUGUGUGGUGGUUCUUGGUGAUGGGAGCUGGCUGCUUUGGAGGGACCGGGCGUUUGGCCAGCCCUGACCUCGAUGUUGUAAGUGUGGGAGGCACAGCUGUGGAAAAUUGUGAGAUAUUCUGUAAUACUAAGAUCCUUCAUUAUGUGCAGCGGGCAAGAGUCUAUAAUGACAGUAAAGUCUUUGUUGAUCUAAAACUCAAGGGAUCACAAGAAGAGGUUGAGAACCAGUUCUUUGCACUUCUGAAGGUGACCAAUAAUGAUCCAAAUAAGGAAGAUGUAGAAAAGUUUCUUGAUGAAAAUUUUGAUCCCCAAGAUUCAGAAUUUGAGGUGUGGUCCCCCAGUGAUUGGAAAUCAGAGCCAAGCUUUAUCCACACUAUAUAUGACCAGUCCUUGAGGAAAUGGGCCCUGAGUGUAAAUGAGAUCUGGAAGUCUUUGGGCCGCAAGGUGUCCACUGAUGUGCGGGACAAUGCCAGCCAGUACUCCCAGAUUUAUGUGCCCAACCCCUUCAUUGUCCCAGGUGGAAGAUUUACUGAGCUGUAUUACUGGGACUCCUACUGGAUUGUGGAGGGAUUGCUACUGUCAGAGAUGAUGGACACAGCCAGAGGUAUGAUUGAGAACUUCCUGUACCUGGUUAGCAAAUAUGGUUAUGUCCCUAAUGGCACGAGAAAGUACUAUCUUGGGAGAUCACAGCCUCCUUUUUUGAUCUCCAUGAUGGACCUGUACUGGAAGAGGACCAGGGAUAUCAAAUUCUUGAAGGAAUCGCUUGGUAUACUGGAGAAGGAAUAUAGCUUUUGGCAGGAGAGUCGUUCCGUUACAGUCACAUUGGAUGACCGAGAUUAUAUGCUCUACCAGUACCGGGUUAACACGACCUAUGCCCGGCCAGAAUCUUACUUUGAGGACGAAGAACUUGUUGAGGGCACUUCUGAUAAAGAGAAGUUCAGAAUAUACUCUGGCCUAAAAUCAGCAGCCGAGAGUGGGUGGGACUUUUCCUCCCGUUGGUUUCUGGCUGAUGGGAAACGCAGCAAAAGCCUCCGAGAUAUCAACCCAAUGAUAAUUGCCCCUGUGUGCUUGAACAGCCUCAUGGGUCUCAAUGCACGGCUUCUCGCUGAGUUUCACGAGGUGCUUGGGAACGAGGUGCAACGUGACAUGUACCGCAAGCAUGCUGAUGAGAGCAACAUCACUAUGAGCCGUGUGUUCUGGAGUGACCGGGACGGGAUCUGGCUGGACUACAACCUGGAGACUGGUGAGCUCAUCCCAGGGUUCUAUCCAUCCAACCUCAUGCCUCUGUGGACUGAAUCAUAUGGCAAGGAGAGGUCACCUGAGUUUGUCAUUGAGCAAGCCAUUGCAUACCUUGAGCGGCACAACAUCACAGCUUACCCUGGUGGCAUCCCAACCUCCCUGAUGAGCACUGGGCAGCAGUGGGACCUGCCACUGGGCUGGGCACCCUUGCAGUAUAUGGUAGUGCUGGGACUGGAGAAGGCUGGGAGAUACAACACAGAAGCAAAUGACCUGGCCCUGGCAAUUGCUAAACAGUGGGUGCUCAAUGUUUACCAGUCGUAUUACAACUUGACACCCCAUGCCAUUCUGGAGAAAUAUAAUGUGGUGGAUGUUGAAGGAGGCGCGGCCCACGCUGGGGAGUACAAGACACAGGAAGGCUUCGGGUGGACCAACGCUGUGAUCCUUAAGUUCCUGAGCAUGUACGGCCACCAGAUCAGGACGCGGGAUGUGUACGACCCCGUCCCGCUCUCUCUGGGACUCCUGCUGAUGGUAGUGUGUGCUGUGUCUGUCAUGAGUUAUGUUCGUCGGGUGCACACUUGUGGAAAGCUUUUAAGGGAUGUUGAGAGUCCCUCUUAAGAGCAACAGGCCAGAGCAUUGCACAGGCUGCCUCUGUACUUUGCUUGCGCUUCCACUGUAUUCGUCCUUUAUUUUUUUAUACUUUCCACAAGUUUAGUUUUGAGAUGGUGUAGUAGUUUGUUGUUGAUGGUUUUUUGCAAGUAUAUGUUCAUAAUUGUGUUGUUUUUUCUGCUCUUUUGUGUUGGUCCAUUUGUUUCUUUGCAGUGUUCUUGUGUUGUCCUGCUAUUUAUCAUUAUUUAUUACUCAUUGAUGUUAUCUAGAUCCAUUUUAAGUAUGAUGCUUGUGUCCAUUUUAAAGAAUCCUGCUUUUUUUAUUUGUACUGAUAGAUAUAAUCUUAUUUAUUCAUAUGUACAUGGAAUGUCUUGCACUCUGUAACCUGGUUUUGAUCCUUUGGUCAUCUUUGAAUAGUGAUGCAUGGUAGUGAUCUGUAUUGCACCAGCCUGUUGACUGUGCUGUGCUUUGGCAGCAGUGAGGAGACUCAUAAAAAGCUGUUCAUCAGCCCAUAAAUACAGCACAUGGUAGUCAGGAUAGAUCCAUGUUUGAUACAGAGGUGGUAAUGUAUACUACCAUCAGCUGAAUGGUUUUCACUGGACUGUCUUACCAUUCCACUUCCCGUAUCUGGUGAGCUGCCUGACUGUAGACCCUUAGAGAUACUGUGUGAUAGGGCAUAGAGCCUCCCUCACUGUGAAGGAAGUGUGUCUCUGUUUACCUGCACACCUUCCUCCUGAGACUUCCUCUAGUCUGGAAUAUCUUAUUACAAAAAAUUACGAAGCUCUCCCCUCAUGAUUGGAAGGUAACCAUUCAGUACAAGACACACAGAGGCUUGGUCCCAGCUGACUCUCUGUUGCACUUCCGUCCACACUGUCAAAUUACUUGUCAAAACACUAUGUACAGUUAACUACUUUCCUCAAAACUGGAAAUAGAUAUAAUAUGAAGCCUUAGACUAGUACAAAUGCUGAAACAAAGAGUAUAAUAUAUAUUGAUUACAUAUAGAUUUAUAUAUCCCAGCCUAAUAUAGAAAUAGUAGAUAGUAUAAGUUUAAAUAUAUUAUGGUGAUCAUUAGCGGUAGAUAAGUUGUUUAUACAUAUCUUGUUAGUUGUAUAAGCAGUGUGUAAUACUGCAUAUGACUGGUUCACUUAUAAAACCUCUUUUUGGUGAGAAACACUUGACAAAUUUUGUGGAAUCAUCAUGGAGUUAUGUGAAAAUUGUGUUCAUUGUUAGAGUUGACAUGAAAAAGAUGAUAAACUGGAUAUUGAUCUCAUGAAAAUUUGAUGGUAAUAUACUGUAUCAUGUAAUUAUUCUUCUGCUUAUUGGCUUAUUAGACUAAAUUUCAGUCCUGAUCUCGAGAAAAGUUAAUAGUAAUAAUCAUGUAAUUACUCUCUGCUAAUUGGCUUAAUACAUUAAAUUUCAGUCUGUCUCACCACCACAUUCCUGAUGCCUUAAGGGAACAUCAGUGUUGUCAUGUACUACUUGGUACUUAUCAUAUGAAGGCCUUCACUGGCUGUUAUGAAGCACAUCUUUCCACUUUUAUCAAGGAAUAAGCUUAUGUAUUUAGUUGCUCAUUUUACUUUACAUGUAGAAUUCUUCUUUUUUAUUUUUUUAUGUAAGAGGAGGACUGGCCAAGGACAACAAAAACAGAGAGAGAAAAAUAGAAAGGUCCAAAAAGAAAAAAAAGGAAAAAAAAAAAAGAAAGGCCCCCCUGAGAGUGCAAGUUCCAAUAGGAAGGUCAAAAGGAUCAUCCAAAAUAAGUGUAGAUAUGUAAAGUAGAGGGGUGCAGUUCAGACUCUAGUUCAGGUCCGCAGUUAUAUGGCUUUCCAUAUGUGCCUCAUUUCACCAGAUCUUGAUUCUCUGAGUCUUCAUCUCAUUCCCACCCAGAUCAAUGUAUGGGAAGUGAGAUAAUGAGGUGGUGGUGACUAUUGAUUUUAUAUUUGUCUUUGUCUCAUUCCCCACCCCAGAUCAAUGUGGGAAGUGAGAUAAUGAUGUGGUGGUGGCUAUUGAUUUUAUAUUUUUAUUAUUCAGAGUGCAGAGAAAGAUUAAUACGUGUGAUGAGACUUAUCAUUUGUACUAAUAAAAGUUUGUCAGUCCUACAAGUUCAUGUGGACUUUGUAGACAUGAAAAAAAUCUGCCUUUUCUGGUAAUGACAGUUAGGUAACUGACUAUUAAUAGAGUUAGGUAAUAUAUGUGCAUAAUAUGUUGAUUCUACUGCAAGUUUCUGGACUACCUCAGCUAGUUAAGUCCAUUGCUUCUGGCUUGUCAUAAUUACACGAACCAUCAACACCAAACUUGUUGUGGUCAUAUAUGGUUGUUUAAUGAGCAGUGACCCACCACCUCCUUGUCCGCACCCUAAUGGGCCACUAUUAUUCCUUCACAUUAUCAUAGAUUAUCUUAUUUUUAUUCCUCACCACUUCUCCUUUUCCUUGUUCAAUUCCAUUACUUCUGCAUUAUUAGAUUUGUUUGGGGAUGUCGUAAUUCCUCACUACUUCUUUCCCUUGUUCUUUAGACUUGCUUGGUAGUUGAUACCUUUUCAUUCACUAAUGUCACGUCCUGUCUCUAUCAGCUAAAAAUCCAACACAAGAUAUAAUGCAAUUUGAAAUUCCUUAAUGCCUUACAUGGUGUCAGAGAGCCAUCAAUAGACUUGGUGCUAUCAUUCUAUAGUUAUUUGAAUUUCAUGGGCUAGUAUGUCAUAGUGUAUUGACUCAACUCGUGUGUUUUUUCUUACUUUCUUUGCAUAUUUGCACAUGUGUUGAAGAUUCACAUUGGUUGUUAUAGUAAAGACUUAAAAAUCUCAGGUUAAGAUAGUUUGUUUCAAAGUUUAUGCUACUAAGCAGUACACUUCUUGCCAGGAAAGGAACAGUGAAAUGUUGUUUUAUUCAGUCUUUUAGUAUCUGAAGACAUCACUUAGUUAGUGGCCAGAAGGAAGUUUGUUAGAAAUUUCCAUUUAUCACAAGCUUUCCACAGACAAAGAGGGUUAUAAGUUGUGAGUUGUUUGUUGUGAUAUCUAGAAAUAAGGUACAUUCCCUGAUGUACUUAAGGGAUCGGAGGUUAAAGAUGUACAGUUUGAGUGGCAUUAUAUUAGAUAGUUUUAAUAUGAUAGGUGUAAAGCAAAGGAGAGGUCAUGAGUGGAGUGGAUGGACAGUGUGAAGAGAGCAUUUAGAUAGAAGGUGAUGUAAGGCUUGAAAUGAUCAAAAAGAGCUUAUCUUGGAUCUGGUUUGAUCAAGUGGGCAAGUUAGUUGUUCAGAAGGGGAUGAGUCUGUCACUGUGGAGGAAUAAACCAUCACUGUCACUUCCUGCCAGAUAUGUAGUACAGCUGAGCCUUGUGCAUUGUGAUGGCAAGGACUGAUUUUUGAGGCUUAGAGAUUGAUGUGUGAGGUAGUUCUUGUGAAUGUGGUUGUAGUUGUGAAUGUGUGUGUGUUGGUGCCAUGACCUGGCAACUUCCCCUGAGGAAGUGUGGAUGGAUAGGUAAAGAGGAUGCUUGGAAUAAACAAGAUGCUGAGAGGAUUUUUUAUACUAGGAGUUGGGUUGAGUUUGAAAAGCUGCUGUGAUUCAUUGGUAAUGUUGUUAGAGAUUAACUAGGCUGUGGACUCAAGGCUCUGCUUGCCUAUGAGUCUGGUUAACAAUUUGAAUUGCAUAAUCAAAUUGAAUGGUUAGAUUUUCAUGUUAAUUUUACAGUACUGCUAUAAUUACCAUAUUUUUAAUGAUCCCACAUGAAUGAAAUAGUGCUUCCGUUAUCAGCCAUCAAGUUGUCACCAUGAUCACUGAAAUGAAAGGCUCUUUAUGUGUUAGCUGUGGUCACCCUGUGGUGGCUCACUGGACUGCAUGGUCUCGUAUUCUCCCUGCACAGACCAAGCAGGGAGGAUGCCACAAAUGAUCAGUAUGGUAAUGACUUUUAUAGCUCAUAACUUACUCAUAAACAGGACAUUAUAGGAAUUGCAAGUACUUUAAUCAUAAUUUGCAUAUGUUGCAAUGGCAAGUAAUAUGAUCAUGAUUUUCAUAUCCCAUUUUUAUUUAUUUUUUAAUUUAUUAAGGAGCGUAGCAAAAUUUAGGAGGGGGCACUGCUUUCCUUUGCCCCCACCAUAUCUAGCUCUGUCUGGUAUUCUUUUCACAAUCUGGCUUUUGUCCCUCAGUUAGCAAUCCAGAGUUCCACCAGAUGACAGAGCCUCCUUGACUUGUGAAGAGCAUUGCAAUAUGAAGGUGUUUAUUGUUCAUGAGGUUAUUUUGUAUGGAUCUUUGGGUCUGCAGAUUUGUGAAACAGAUCAGUCACUUAAGUAGUGCAAAUUAUGUCAAGUUCUUUAUUCUUCCAAUAUCCUCCAUGGUUGUGAAGAAUUGCAGAUGAAGAAAUUAUGUUGUCCUGUAAUGAGUAGAAACUGAUAGAGAUGAACUCUUAAUCUGUAGGUUAGUUUGGAUGUGCAAAAGCUUUAGUGAAACUGAUAAAGAGAAUUUCCAAGGUCUGUUGUGGUUAUGGGGUUCAUCACAAUAAAAAAAAACAAAAAAAAUGGAAGUGAGAAAUCCAUUUGAAGAAUGAAAAUGAAAUGGGUGCAAAUAAUGUGAAAUAUUUCAUAAAACCAACAUGUUGAGCAAUGAUUUAAGUGUGAUACUGGUGAUAGAUUAUCUGCAAGUUUAUGAGGUGUUGUAUGUGUUCAUAAUGUGAUGGUGAACUAGUCUGAUGCAUUCCCAGAGUCAAGGCACAACCAAUAUACCAAUAUAUACCAUAUACCAAUAUACCAAUAUACCAAUAUACCAAUAUUCACCUUGAAAAGUGAAUAGGGCAGCAAACUUCCUACCUCUGCUGUCUAGAUGUGUGUUUGUGUGUGUGUGCAGGCCUGUAAUUGGUAGCAAGAUCCAUAUUUUGCAACACUUCUCUGCCACACCUCCACUACAUUCAAAAGGCUCUAGUUGAAAUUAUACAAGUUUUAAGUGGUGUUUUUAUGGUUAUAAUGACAGAUUAACAAGAUUUCUAUAUUACCAAAAAAAAAAAAAAUCACUGAGGACCUGGCUAAUCAUUUCUGUGGCCUUUGAAAAUAGUUGUGGUGUGAGAGAAGAGCAUUUCAGAAUACAGCCCUAAGAAUGGCACUAAAUCUUAGUAUGAGAAAGGAAACAGUUGACAUUGGUACGAUCUUGUCCAUGAAAAUGAGUACAAUUAUGCCUUGCUGCCCAUCCAUUCCUCAUUAGAAAUAUUUAUCUCCCACAGCUUGAUGUAAAGUUUGGCUGUACAUGUAUUAGAUUUGUAGGAAAAAAAUGUAACUUAAAGACAUUCAUCAUGUGUUCUUGCCAGUAAAUAGUGUAUAGUCAUGGGCUGAAGUUGAGUAACACACAACACUCCUUUCCUCUGUGUUUAGAACUUUCAGUCUUAAGUUUGAUCUGCUGAGAAUACAUCAGGCAGGUAUUGCAAGGAGAGACCCUGAGGGGGACGCUUGAUGGUGCUGAAGUGAGUGUGGUGUGUUACUUGUCUCCUGGCCAUGAUUGUGCCUGUAUAACAAAUCUGUAUGCCAGUGAUUUGUUCAUUAUAUCUUAAGAGUCUGCCCAUAGCUUUGUUCCUGUUAUUCAUUCUUUUGAGAAUAUUGAGUGCAUGAUAAGCAUUUGAAUAGAAUGUAGCUGUUUUUUCCUGACAAUAUUCAUAUCCAUUUUUUGGUAGAGGUAGAAGAUAUUACAUAUUUGAAUUAUGAAGAAUGAAUCGGCCAGUAGAUUUAAGAGUAGAAUUAUUUGUUAGUGUGAAGAGUCCAAUUUUAGCUGGUAGUUUGCUGCAUCUAUAGUGUACAUUUUUAUUACAUAUUAUAUUUGCUAAUUUAUAUUUUUGAAAUUUAUUUGUUUUUCUGC